AUGAGGUAUUCCAGCACUCCGUUUUUUGGGCAAAACCAGACAACUAAUAUCACACCUCUCCUUUGGGAUGGAAAUUCAAACAAGAGGUCCAUAAUUGGGGGAGUCGUUGGAGGUGUAUGCCUUCUGUUGCUUGUUCUUGCAUUUGUCUUAUGGCGUCUCAGAUCAAAAAAGACGAGUCGUAGCCAACAAGAUAAAUCAACUGGAUCAACUGAGUUGCUACAAGGUCCAGCAAGAUAUAGCUACAAUGAUUUAAAAGUAGCCACUGAGAACUUUAGUGACGAGUACAAAAUUGGAGGUGGGGUGUUUGGUGAAGUAUAUAAGGGCACUCUAAAAGAUGGGGAAACUGUUGCAAUUAAAAAAACAGUUAUGGCCUCCACUAGAGGAAAAAUACACUUUGAUGAUGAACUUAAGAUCAUUAGCAAUGUUCAUCACCGACAUCUUAUUCGACUUCUUGGAUAUUGUAGCAAAGGGCCGCUCUUAUUUCUUGUCCACGAGUUCAUGGACAAUGGUAGUCUUGAUCAAUUCCUUUAUGGUGACAAAUCAAGGAACCUAAGUUGGAGACAGAGGGAUAUAAAAACGAGCAACAUUCUCCUUGAUGAUGAACUACAGCCCAAAAUCGCAGAUUUUGGGUUGAUAAGGCUCCUACCAGAAGACAAGACUCAUCUUAGCACCAAACUGGCAGGGUCCUUGGAUAGUGGUUAUGUAGCACCAGAAUAUGCUAUUCAUGGGCAAUUGUCUGAGAAAGUGGAUACAUACAGCUUUGGUAUUGUGGUCCUUGAAAUCAUUAGUGGCAAGAGGUGCCACGAUGUCAUAGAUGAUAAAUCAGUUAAUCAAAGCCUCCUUGAUCAUGCUUGGAAUCUAUACGAGAAUGGAACACAUGUGAAUCUAAUUGACAACAGGCUAGAUGCUAGUGAAUAUGCAGCAGAAGAUGUAAUGAAGAUAAUAGAGAUAGCAUUAAUGUGCACUCAGACACAGGUUUCUGCAAGGCCGGCAAUGUCUGAAGUUGUUACGCUUUUAAGUGACAAAUCUCUAGAUGAAAUACCACCAGUAAGAUCUACCUUUCACGAAGAUGAUAUAAAGAUUCCAAUUGAUACCUCGAUAUCAUUGUCCUCUAAUGCCACUGCCUCCAGUGUUCAAGUUUCUGGCCGUUAAAAACCUCAUUUUAUAAAACAUUACUGGUUUUAAAUUGUAUAAAUAUAUAGAAUAAUAUAAGGGUUAU